UUUUCUGUCAUUAUCUUGUCAACGAGCCGUGGUCAUAGAUUGCCACAGUGCCAGUUUAUAAUUCCGGUAAAAUAUAAUUCACACAAGCACAAUGGCAGCCAAAUUGCAGGAUUACAAAGACAGCUUGGAGCGCAGUCUCAAUGACAAAGGCAAGCCAUGGACGAAAUAUUUCGAAACGGCUGAACAAAAAACCGGCGUGAACAGGGUCUACAUAUUCGUUGGUAUGGUGGCGUUCACUGGUUUAUAUUUAGUGUUUGGAUUUGGAGCUGAAUUGAUCUGCAACUCGAUUGGUUUUGUGUACCCGGCGUAUAUGUCGAUGAAGGCUCUGGAAUCGCCGCAGAAAGACGACGAUACUAAAUGGCUGACGUACUGGGUGGUGUAUGCGUGCUUCUCCGUCGUCGAGUACUUCUCGGACUUCAUUGUAGGCUGGUUCCCGCUCUAUUGGCUAAUAAAGUGCAUCUUCGUCAUAUGGUGCUACCUGCCCACCGACUUCAACGGCUCGCUGAUCAUCUACAACCGCAUCAUCCGCCCUUACUACCAGAAACACCACAACCGCAUCGAUGACAUUGCUAACUCUGGUUUGGAGAAAAUUCUGAAGGAUGCCGACAAACAUAUUGAUAAAACCGUUAAGGCAUUUAGCAAAGCAUUGAAGGACUUGUAAUACAGGUAAACAAGAUUAGAGCUGAAAUAGCAAUCAAAAUUCCCUGCUAGCCGCCUGGUAGCAGAUGCAGUUAGGAAGGACAACUAAACCUACAUUAUUCGAAAUAAAAUUUUGUGAGGAGCGAAAGUACAAAUUUAUUUCUGCACCCGCUUCUAUCACAAAUAACGCAGCACACUAUCACGGGCCGAAUUUAUUAAAUAUUUUAUAUUGCAACACUGUUACAAGUUUCAACAGGAUGGAGAAAAUUAUUGACAAUCCCCUGUUGUUUAAUUAAAUGUCAAUUAAUCAUUUGUGAGCAACAUUCCUUGCAAUUUAUGGUACUUUGUUCGGGAAUGUGAAUGCUUUAAUUAGAUUUUUGGCAACAAAUUGGUUUUUAUACCGAGUGUUGAUUAGAAAUGAAUUGUUGAGUUAUUAAAGUGUUAUUGUUGACACUGCAAUAUCUGUGUUACCACGACUACGGUCUAUCUGAGACCAACGAGGCAGUUUCGACCUCAACUGACCAAUCUUAGCCUUUUCAGACUAAAAAUGAAAAUAAUCUUGUAAAAUCUACUGACCCGACAAAGGGCAUUUCGGUUUAAAUUGUAUUUUGUAAUGACCUUGUAUUAUUAGCUAAGUUGUUUAUAAUCGUGACACAUUUUUAUAUUUUCUUAGUUUUUAAAUUAUUAGUUGAAUCUAUCUUCUCUUGGCUUGUAUGAUCUUGUAGGGAUUGGAAUCCUUAGAAGCGUAAGUAAAGCCCGUAGUGUUCUUAGUUUCCCUAUAUUAAGAUCUCUUCUGUGGAACAAUGAAUUUCUUAAAGUCUAUUGUUGCAGUUAAUGAUUUGCUCAAGGAUUGUUAGUAACAUGUUUAAGUUUGUCUUUUUAAGGUUGAAUAUGUUGUUAGUUUCCAAGUAUUGCCAGUUUCAAAAUACAGAAUCGUGUUGCCAUAUUAUCGUGAAAAUUACUGUACCUCUUCCAACACCAAGUAAGAAAUAAUUAUUUAGAUGUAUUUUUGUACAAUUUUAAGAAUAUAUAGCUAGCUUAUACUCGUGGCUUUGCCUGCGUGGUAUGUACUAUAUUGAACAGGAAAUGGAACCCCAAAGUUUUUCAUAGUAUAAUCAUGUUUUUAAGUGUUUCGUGUUUAUGCUUGUGAUGUAAAAAUCCAUGUUAUGUGCCUUUGACGUUUGGCUGCCAUCAUUGUAUUCACUCAAGGAAUUGUUAUACUUGUCAUUUUUUCACAUAAUAAAAGGAAUUCAUUGUAA